GAAACGCAUAGCCAGCGUUUUCAAAAAUAUCCGCUUUGAAAAGCGUUUUCGAAUAUAGCCGGCUAAAAGACCGUGUCCGUGUAAACGGUAGGCCUAAACGGAUAAAAAAUAUGCGUUUACAAAAAUAUUCGUGUAAACGGGGCCUAUUACGGCUAGCCGGCGUUUUCAUUCUAGACCGUAUUCGAAAAAAAUCGUUUUCGGUGAAGAAUUGUUCCGGAUUCGCCCAGACUAGUGUGGACCGAAUGAAUAAAAAUUCGGAUUCAAAUUUAUCCGGCAUAGUGUGGACGGGGCCUAAAGUGAUGCCAGAAUUUCGAGUAACCGAUCUUAUUGCUACAAAAAGAGAUGGCGAAGCACUUACUAGAGAUCAGAUCUGUUUUUUCGCUUCACGAGUCGCUACGGGAGAAAUAUCAGAGUCUCAAAUUGGAGCGAUGUUAAUGGCGAUAUACCUCAAAGGAAUGAAUACUGAAGAAACUGUACAUCUUACCGAUGCUAUGGUGAAGUCUGGAGAGACAUUGUCGUGGCCUGAAGAAUGGGGAAACUGUAUUGGUGAUAAACAUUCUACUGGAGGUGUAGGAGAUAAAGUAAGCCUUCCUCUUGCUCCAGCUUUAGCCGCUUGUGAAGUAAAAGUUCCUAUGAUUUCGGGCCGUGGAUUGGGUCACACAGGUGGAACACUAGACAAGCUGGAAUCAAUUCCAGGUUUUAGAGUCAGUCUUACCCCAGAAGAAAUGAAAGAUGUCUUAAAAAAUGUAGGCUGUUGCAUUGUUGGACAGAACAAGUCCCUAGUACCAGCUGAUAGAGUAUUGUAUGCUGUUCGUGACGUGACGGGGACAGUGGAUUCAGACCCUCUUAUUGCAAGUUCAAUUAUAUCAAAGAAAGUUGCAGAAUCUCUGACAUCUUUGGUGCUUGAUGUCAAGUGUGGACGUGCUGCCUUUGCUAAAACAAAGGAACGUGCAAGUGUUUUGGCAAGAACCUUAGUAAACACUUGCGAAAAAAUGGGUACGAGAUGUAAGGCACUGGUGACCAGUAUGGACCACCCUAUAGGAAAGACUGUGGGGAACUCUGUUGAAGUGGCUGAGGCUAUACAGUGUCUUCAUGGGCAAGGCCCGGACGAUCUGAAGGAGCUGGUCUGUCUUCUAGGAGGUCAUCUACUAAACUCCCUUGGAAAAGCUCAUACCCCUGAAGAAGGAAUGGAAUCCAUCAAACUAACUCUCAGUAAUGGAAUGGCCAUCAAAAAAUUCUCAGAAAUGUUGGUAGCACAAGGAGUUAGUCAAGAAAUUGCUGAUGCACUGUGCAACCCUGACACCAACCCUUACAAGUAUAUCCCUCUCGCAACCAAGUCAUAUGAGGUUAAAGCACAGAAGUCAGGCAUUAUCAAGGAUAUUGAUGCCUUAGAGUGUGCAACCCUGUGUGGUAGUUUGGGUGCAGGACGGCAGAAGAGCACUGAUAAGAUAGAUCAUGGUGUAGGAAUGGUAUUUAAUGUCAGAGUAGGAGAAUACAUCAAGGAAGGUGAAACAUGGGUUGUGAUAUACCAUAGUGGUAACCUCACAGAUGAAAAUGUCAAAGCAUUACAAAAUUCUAUUGUCAUAAAGGAGAGUGAUAGUGAAGAAAGCUUGCCUGUUCAGUCCAGACUUAUUGAGGUGAUAGAUGCUCCCCAAGAUUAACUACUUUUAUUUGUUAAGGGACUUCAGUAACUUUUGCUGUUGACAUAUUAAGGGUUCCCUUUAUUGUAGGAGUUAGUUUGGAAUUUACCAAUUAAUUUUGAAAAAUGUGAAAAUGGGGCCAUGAAUACUUCAGCAAAGUGGACUUGAGAAAAAACGGUUCAAAAACAAGUUCAUCCAAUAUCUCAUCUGCCCCACUUAUCUAUAAAAUGAUGAAUGGUCCCUAAUCUAAAUUAUAAAUUUUCUGGAAAAUAUUGUUACGUGUACCAUUAUAUCAUAAUAAGUGAGUCAGUCCCUAAUCUAAAUUUUUAAAUUUUCCCCAAAAGUUAUGCUCCUCCUGGUGCAGAGAAGCCCUAAGUAAGUUUGACCAGGUAUGUGGUUCCAAGACACAGAUUGAGAGUUUGUAGGUAUAAAUGUAUCUGCAUCCAUCCUUGUGGUACACAGGAUUUUGGGGCCAAAUUUAUUGAGAUUAGUUGAAUGCAAGAUGGCAGAGCUUUUUCGUCAUCCACAAUUGAGUCACGUUAUCUUAUGUGGUCAUUACCAGAUGUCCUUUCAACUUUGAAAGGACAAAUUGCUUAUUAAAUUGUUAAUGAUAAAAUAGCUUGUCUUAGAUAAUAUUACUGUAAGUGAAAGUGUCGUUGUGCAUUAUCAUGUUAUUAGUGGACUACAUGCUAUCCAAUUUGCAAAUAAUUGGAUGAAAAAAAUUCUGAGGACUGACAAAAUUGGAAGAGGCCAAUAGGCCGAGUCUAAUUUAGCAGUCAGAAGAAUUUUUUGAAUUCAAGUAUUUCAAAAUUGGAUAGACAUGUAGUCCUAUUGCAGAUUAAUUAUAUCAUCCCAAACUAUACUAGACUGAUUCUAUAAGUCAUAGUUUUUUCUUGAAAGAAUGCGAAUGGAAAGGAUCCAAAUUCAUCUUCAAUUUGGACAGGAAAGAGAAUUUGAAAAUAAUACAAUAGUUGCUUAUAUGGGAUUAUAGAGUGAUGAUACAAUUAAUAAUAAAAUACCUUGUCUUACAUAUAGUAAUACUGUAAGUGAAAUUGUGGUUGUGUGUUAAGUAAAGAUAAAUUAAAGUGUUUUUGUAGAACAUAUGUUUGCCUUGUAUGUAAAAAAAAAACAUUAAAUUAAAAACAGAAAAAAAUAGCAAGGUUAAGAAUGAUU